ACUUUCUAAAGUGUUCUUUAGAUAGACCAUGUGCUUUUUUCAUGAAAGUGAAUAAAACUAAUUUUCAGCAUGCUCCUAAACCGAAAGAAAAUUUUGAGUAAGCAAAAAGCGGAGGAAGACUUCCCAAGAGGAGGUUACUCAAAAAAAAGAAAUCGAGAAACGUCGAUUGACGAUGAAGAUCCUUUGAAAGUUCACUCGGAGGCCAAAAAGAAGAAGCUGAAGAAAGGAAAGUUGAAAGAUGCUUCCCAAAGAAAUGAAAAUUCAUCAGACAUUGUGACCGGUCCAAUUUUAGCAGCUGACACUUUUAAACCUACACUUCUUCGCCCUCAGGCGAUUCAAUCUGAAACUCUUAUAUACGGAGUCGUUAAAGAAAUUCAAGAUUUAAAAUUAGUUGUGUGUUUACCAAAUGGUUUAACUGGAUACAUUCCCAUAACUAGUAUUUCUGAACAUUACACUCUCCUUUUAAAAGAACAUCAGAAAAAUCCGAAGCUGAAUGUUUGUGGAUCCCUGCAAGAGUUUUUCCGUAUAAAUCAACCUGUUAUUUGCAAAGUUGUUCAAUCGAAAGCAGAGCAAAAAUUGAUAAAAAUUGAACUAACUAUAAAUCCAAAACUUGUAAACUAUAAUAUCACGAGAAAAGACCUGAAAACUGGAAUGAUUUUACCUGGAAGUAUUAAAUCGGAAGAGGAGUAUGGAUUCGUCGUAGAUUUUGGCAUUAAAGGUGUUAUAGGAUUUCUGAAAAAUUCAGAUUGUCAAAAAUUUCAAGAAUUCAACGGCCAACCGAUACAUAAGGGACAGGUUAUUCAGUUUUUAAUUACUGUGGAAAAUGACAGUGAGGGAACAGAAGAGUCAAGAUCAAUUAAAAUAACAGCAGAACCUGACUCCGUCUACGAAACUUUGAUUGAUGAGAGUGUACCUGUGCCAUUUAAAUGUCUCGUUCCUGGAAUGAAAUUCUCGUGCAAAGUUUUUAAAAUUGAUAAAGAAGGCGUUGCCGUCAAAUUUGGAAAGCUAAAAGGAACUUUACAUUCUUCUCAUAUGUCUAAAAAUCUGGCUGAUGUAACCAAGGAAGACGUAUUUAAUUGUUCGAUCCUAACUGUUAAUCCUAUUAUGAAGAUUAUCACUCUGUCCGAUUUGGCUCAUAUUGUUCAUCCUCAUUUGAGCACAAAGAAUCCGUUUGGUUCAUUUGUUAAAGGAGAAAUUACAGAGAUGAGAAAAGCAAAAUUUGUUAACCAAAGAGGUAUAUUUGGUGUCGUUGGAAAAGAAAAAAUUAAAUGCUUUGCUCCAAAAAGUCAAAUGGAUAAGGAUCAUUUGAGCAAUAUCGAUUCCUUGGAAAAUAAACAACUGUGUCGCAUUUUGGAUAUUGACUAUGUCGAUAAUCAACUUCUCGUUACUCUGAAAAAAGAUAUUCUAAAUCAGAAAUACCUAUCUCAUCAUGAUGUGGAAGUUGGAUCAAUUGUUAAAGCUACCGUUUUAAAUGUUAGGACGACAGGAAUUAUAGCAGCUAUAUCGGACAAAAUUAAUGGAUUUAUUCCAAAGUUUCAUUUAUCAGAUGUUACUUCUAAAAAACUGGAAAAAACUCCUGCAAAAGGCUCGAAAGUUAAAUGCAGAAUUAUUGCUGUUAACGCAAGCGAGAAAAAAAUUAAAAUGAGCUGCAGAAAUUCCAUUCUUGGCCUUAAAGGUAAAAUGAUAAGCUCUCUUAAUGAAUGUGAAGUUGGAGAGACUGUAAGUGGCUAUAUUGUUCAAAUAACUGAUAAAGGUGUUUUGGUAGCUUUCCUUAAUGAUAUAAAGGGAUUUGUAACCAAAAGAGAACUUAGUUCUGAACGCAUUGAAUAUCCUAGCAAAGUUUUCUUUUUGGGUCAAAUUGUCAAAUGUCGAGUCCUAUCAGUCAAAUCUGAUAAAGGAAAGUUAUUAUUAAGCUUCAGGCUUGAAAAUAAACCUGCAUUUGGUUCAAAAAGUUCUCCGGAUAUUGAAAAAAUUGAAGUUGGAAAGAUUUAUAAAUCCAAAAUUCUUGCCAAAAAUGAAGAUGGUUUGGACGUGGUUUUGACAUCUGAAAACGUUAAAGCAUUUUUACCAACACGCCAUCUAUCUGAUUCUAUUCAGAAUGCUGCUCAAAUUCAUUCGAGUUUUGAGAUUGAAGAUGAACUGGAAGUUAUGGUUUUCCAAAAAGCUUCAGCUAUUAUUGUUACAAGAAAGAAGAGUUUUUUGAGGGCAAAAGAAAAUGGUACACUUGUACUUACAUGGGAUGAUGUUAAGCAAGAAAAUCUUGUCACCGGAGUUAUUUUAAAAUUCAUGGAUUAUGGAAUUUUUGUGGAAAUGCCCAAUAGACUUGUUGGAUUAGUACCAAAUAGACUCCUCUUUGAUCGAAAAAUUGAAAAUCCAAAAAAUUUCCUUACUUUGGGCCAAACCCUGACAGCUAAAGUAAUGGAAGUAGAUUUAGAAAAAACGAGAUGUAUUCUUGCUACUGCACCCUCUUUAACAUUCGGAAAAACAAUUCCUCGAGAUCCAGAAUUAGUGAAAGAUUGGAUAAGCGACUAUCAAAUGUCUUUAGAAAAAACUAAAAAAUCAAAUGAUCCUAAAUUAAAAGCAAUAGGGAACUUUAAUUUGGGAGAUAUCAUCAAAGUUGAAGUUGAAAAGAUAACAGAUGAUGGAUUUUUGUGUAAAACAGUUGAAGGUGGUACUAAUUGCGUCGUCGUUGGUGAUUUUAUACCAGAGAAACCUGUAAAAACCAAGGACAUUAUUGAAGCAAUAGUUCUGUUUGUGGAUUUAAAUUCGUACUGUUUAGAAUUAUGCGCAAAAGACAAACUCGUUCAGCAUAGGAAAAAGAAGGUUUUGGAUACCAAGUACACAAAGGCGAAAAAAGGUACAUCAGUUUUGGCUGAAAUUCUUUUAGUUAGAGAUGAUGUUGCUGUUGUUAUGCUUAAAGAUUUUCUUGCUGGGAAAAUGGCAAUUAUGCCCACAAAAAGAAAUUUUAACGAUAUUUUAUCGAGUAAAAAUUAUGCUGUUGGUCAGCAAAUGAAAAUUGAAAUUGAGAACACAGUUAAUGAUUUGAUAAUUGUUUAUCCGGAAAUAAAAGCGAAAAAGGAAAAUCUUGACAGUAUGGUCAAAGGACACAAUCUUUCAUUAGGCUUAGUGAAGGAAGAUGCCACAAUUGUUGGAAUAAGCCACUGUAGCUUAUAUAUUAAAAUUGGGAAAGUACCUGGCAGAAUUCAUAUCAGUAACGUUUCGGACAAAUUUAAAGAAGGCGUUAAUUUGUUUGAAAAAUAUAGUAUAAAUGAUCCGGUAACCGUUUCCAUUAUUGGAUAUAGAUGCACAAAAUCAUUAAAGACCUUAAAGCCUGGAAGAAAGAUGGAAGUUAGAAACACUAUGCCUGAAUGCUCUCUGUUAACCGAUCAUACAGAAAUAACUGAAUCUAUUCAACCCCAAACAACGUACAAAGAAAAUGACGAUGUUAUUUGCUACGUACAAAGUUAUGAUGAAAACCAAAAAACUUUAUGGUUUGAAAUUAAUCCAAUAUUGAAAGCGAGGUCUCAUCUUCUCUGUCUGUCGAAAAAUGCUGAUGUUUUGCAAAAACCAUUGGACCAUUUCCGACCAAAUUGUGGUUAUAAAGCUAAGGUUAUAAAAACAGUGUCAGAAGACCUCUUAGAAGUCACUUUUUGUGAUGAUGUAAAAUUGGUAGAAGGUAAUAAGGUUAGAGGAUUAAUUCACAAAGUUAUAAAAUCUAAAGAAAUUGUUGUCAAUCUUCCCAACGGAUAUAGGGGUCGAAUUAACAUGACAGAUUUGGUGGACAACUAUGAUCACAUAAAAGACUUAAAAAAUUUUAAGCCAGGACAAGCUAUUGAAUGCUUUAUACUAAAAAUUGAUGAGACUAAACCUCAUCAGUGUACACUCUCCUCAAGACCAUCUCGCUUGUCAAAUGCUACUGAUGUAAAAGAUCCUGAACUAGAAACUAAAGACAUAAUGAGAAAUUCAGUUCAUAGAGGAUUUGUAAAAAGCGCCAGUAACAUAGGAAUUUUUAUACGUUUGGCUCACAAUAUUAUUGGAAAAGUUCCAAAAAAAUACGCCUACACAAAACCAAUAAAUCGCUUAGACAUAGCAUUUCCAGUUGGAAAACUUGUUUAUGUAAAAGUGAUAAAAGCUGAUCGUCAGCAUAGUCGAUUUGAGCUAUCUAUGCUCGAAGAGCACACAGGUAAAGCAGUGAAUUUGCCGGAAACAUGUUUCCAAGAAGCGAAAGAAGACAAAAAGAGAAAGAGGAUAGACAGCUCAGAUGAAGAUGAUGUUGAGGUUAUGCCCAAAAGACUGAAAGCAACUGGACUGAACAAUAACGGGAUGGAUAUGGGUUACGACGACAAAUCAUGUUUGUCCAUUGGUAAACCGUUCGCUUGGGAUGACGAAUCGGCGAAAGAAAUUAAAACCAAAGCAGAAAACGAAGAUGAUGAUGAUGAUGAUGAAUCGGAAGAGGAUAAAAUUAAUCAAAAAACAGAUAAUAUGAAUCUUCCCAAUGAAAUGCUUAAAUUAGAAAGAGACGUUCUAAGUAAUCCAAAUAAAGCUGUAGCUUGGAUGAAAUAUGUAGCUUAUUAUGUUAAGAAAAAUGAUAUUGAUAAAGCAAGGGAAAUAGCAGAAAGAGGAGUCAAAUCUAUUGGAUAUCGAGAAGAAGAUGAACGAUUUAAUUUAUGGGCUUCCUACUUAAAUUUGGAAUAUGAAUAUGGAAAUCAAGAUAAGUUUCAAGAGCUAUUUAAAAAAGCCAUACAAUUUAACGAUGCUUUUAUAACAUAUAAGCACUUGGCUAAUAUCUACAAAAGUGCAAACAAGGAAAAAUUAGAAGAAGAAACUAGAAAAAUUAUUGUCAAGAAAUUUGGGAGUGAUAAGCUUGAUGUGUGGAUUGAUUUUGGUCAAUUUUAUUAUACAAAUAAAAAAUUCGAUGACGGAAGGAAAUUAAUGCAAAGAGCAUUAAUGAGUUUACCUGAUGCAAAACAUUUAGAAUUGAUAAUGAAAUUCGCUCAAAUGGAAUUUCACUCUGGAAAUGAAGAGAGGGGAAAAAUCCUUUUUGAAAAUUUGCUUAAUACUUAUCCAAAGCGCACUGAUAUUUGGUCUGUAUUCCUGGACUUGUUAAUUAAGGCAGGACUGCUUGAAGAAGCCAGGAAAAAAUUUCAAUCCGCUACAACUCUGAAAUUUCAACCGAAAAAAAUGAAAUUCUUAUUCAAAAAGUAUAUUGAAUUCGAAGAAAAGCAUGGAAGUGAGAAAACUGUUCAAAGUGUUAAGAAACAAGCUCUCAAGUUUGUUGAAAUGUAG